AUGAUGGACAGGCUUCUUCGUUUUGGAAUGAACCUCACCGUGAAAAGUAUUGAGGAAGAAUCGGGAACUCUAAGGAGUUCUGAUUACCUUCAUGAUGAUUCAAAAAAUUCAUCAGAGCUCUUAGAUACCAUCACGAUGGACAACAUUCUUCAAUGUAAUUUCCGAGACAAAAGUACUUCAUGUCAUACAAGGCCUCCUCCUCAUUCAAAAGUAACUAAUUUCGGGCACGAAGAUGCUUCAUUCGAUGAUAUUCCUUUAAAUGAAUUACUUGAAGCGUUUUUGCACACAAGUAACGACGAGUUUAUGAACUGCUUUGUUUCCUCAUGCAGUUUGUUUAUUUCAACUUUGACAUUCAUAGACUAUAUUUCCAUGCAUUUCGAGAAAACAAAUCUUAUUGAAAAGAAGCUCAGCUUGUGGAUUCUUCAAUAUUUGAAAUUCAUUCUUAGUGAUGACAGGUUGCAAGACAAGUUAAAUAAGUUGUUGUUUGUUUUGGAAAAAACUGGAAUGAUAACAACAUCUUCUGCACAAACAUUAAGAAUGAUUGCUCAAGGGUUGCCAAUGAUCACCUCCAAAAGUCGAGUGAUCUUCUUUGCACCAGAAAUUCAAAACUUACAGAAUUGUUACUUUUCUUUUUGGGAAAUGAAUGAAUGUGAUAUUGCAAGACAAAUUUGCCUUCAAGAUGAAUUCAUUCUUACCCAAAUAUUGCCCCAAGAGCUGUUCGUGAUGAGAGCGUCAACUUCUGUUAUUGCAAUAACAGAACGAUAUAAUCGAUUGUGCAUUUGGGCAUCAUCAAGUGUUUAUUUACAGGAUACCCUUGAUUGGAAAGCAUUUGAAAAGUUGUUAUUAAUUGCCCAAUACUUAAAGAAAUUUAAGAAUUAUUCUUCUUUUUUUUCACUCAUGCAAGGACUUGCAAAAAGCUUGAACGGUCAAACGCCAAACUCCCAUGAUCAUAAUCCUGCGGUCACACAGAUGUUAAACCUUUUUCGUGAGCUAUCUUUAACUGAAUUCAACAUGAGCGCCUCUCGAAAUCUUGAUUCGCCCUGCAUUCCAUUCUAUACACCCUAUUGGAUGCUUUUGAAUGAAUUGCAAGAUGGUGAGCCAUUCGUUGAAGAGAAAGGCGACGAUGAGACGACUCUUGUUCAUUGGCAGAAAAUUAAGAAAAUUCAUGUGGUCAUUCGUGAAAUUGAAAAAUAUCAAACCCAAAUCAAGAAAACUCCAUAUCCCUUUCGAGCCAACGUUGUAAUUCAAAACUUGAUUGAGCAUACGAUACGUUCAUAA